AUGCAUGAUAAUGAGUCUUUAUUUGCUUACCUUACUAGAUUGAAUUAUCUGAUUAAUCAAAUGAAAACAUAUGGUGCAAUGCUCUCGAAUGAGAGGCUUGUGCAAAAGGUCUUGAUUAGUCUUAGCAAGAUAUAUGACUCUAUCUGCUUGGUGAUUGAAAACACUAAAAGGUUAGAGAUUGUGGAAUUGCAAGAAGUAAUUGUCAUUCUGAAAAGUCAAGAGAAACUAUUUGAGUUGCACAAUGUAGAUACAACUAAGAAGGCUUUUGCCUCAUUCACUGUGAGUCCAAAAGGCCAGAAUAAGAAUGCAGCUCAAUCUGGUCCAUCUAAGUCUCAGAAAAAUUGGAAUCCUAAGGGCAAACCAUGGGAAUUGAAAGGCAAGCCUCAAUGGAACAAUCCUGCACAGACUUGCAAUUCAUCUCAACCAACAGGCCAAGAAGCUGUAAAACCUCAGUGCAAGGACAAAUGUGGCUGGAAAGUGCAAAUGCCAAUUGGUGCACUUGUGAAUAUGGCUAGCAUAGGUUCAUUGGUCAUUGACACAACAAAAGGAAGGAAGUACAUUAGAGAAGUGAUGUAUCUUCCAGGUUUGAGAGAGAAUUUGUUGAGCUUUGGGCAAAUGGAUGAGCAUGGAUAUUUUUUGGUGUUUGGAGAUGGAAUGUGCAAGGUGUUUGAUAGUUCUUCAAUGAACUGUCUCAUCAUCAAAGUUCCAAUGACGAAGAACAUGUGUUAUCCCUUGUCUUUUCUAGCUGAGAAUCAACUACUUAUGAAGGCUAGUAUUACUCAUUGCACAUGGACUUGGCAUAAAAGGCUAGGACAUCUGCAUUUUAGAGGACUGAAACAGUUAAGAGACAAAGAUAUGGUGCAUGGCUUACCUCAAGUGGAAGAGCAAAAUGGCGUGUGUGAAGGCUGCCAAUUUGGAAAACAGCACAUAAAUGUUUUUCCAAAGACUCAAGCUCAAAGAGCAACAAUUUCACUUGAGUUAGUUCACAUUGACCUUUGUGGACCUAUGAGAACUGAAUCUGUUGCAGGCAACAAAUAUUUAAUGUUGAUCAUUGAUGACUUCACAAGGAUGAUUUGGGUAUAUUUCUUGAGAAACAAGUUUGAAGCUUUCAAUUGCUUCAAGAAAUUUAAAUCCAUGACUGAGUUGCAGUCUGGACAAAAGGUGAAAUGCUUAAGGAGUGACAGAGGUGGAGAAUUCCUAUCUUCUGAGUUUGCACAGUUCUGUGAAGAUCAUGGCAUCCAAAGGCAACUCACAAUGGCUUACACUCCUCAACAAAAUGGAGUGGUAGAAAAGAAGAACAAAACAAUAGUUGAAAUCUCCAAGUCUAUGCUACAUGAGAGGGAAAUACCCUAUUUCCUUUGGGCAGAAGUUGUUCAUAUAGCUAUGUACAUUCUAAACAGAUGUCCUACCAAGGCUUUGAACAAUGUUACACCUUUUGAAGCUUACAAUGGAAGAAAGCCUGGUAUUGCUCAUCUAAAAGUUUUUGGCUCCUUAUGUUAUGUUCAUGUGUCAAAUGAACUAAGGCAUAAACCCAAGCCUAUGAGUGUGAAAAGAGUGUUUGUGGGAUAUGCAACUUGUGAGAAAGGAUAUAGGAUCUUUGAUCCAAUUUCCAAGAAACUUACAUUGUCAAGAGAUGUCACCUUUGAUGAAGAGGGAUCUUGGACCUGGACAGAAAACUCUGGCAAAGCUGUGACACCACUUCCUGAUGAAAGUCAAAGUGAGCAUGGCUUCAUUAUAGGAGAUAAAGAUGAGACUACUGCACUAACACCUCAGACUCAUAUUCGAUAUGAAAGGAGUCCACUAUCUUCUCAAGCACCAACACAACACAUCUCAAGUAACAUAAGCAGUGAAGAAAUUAACACUCAAGCUUAUGAUCACUCACCAUUGAAAUAG